AUGGACGCACAGAACUUAGCGAAUGCACAGCAACCUGGACAACCAAACCCAGAGAAUAUUCCAAAUGAAGUUAGAAUACAAACUGCAAUGGCAAACUAUGGUCAAGUGCCAACAGAUGUACAAAUGCAAACUGCCAUGUCAAAUGACGCUGCGUUAGGCUUACCACCAUGGUAUGCAAAUAUGAGAUGGAAAGAGUUUUAUACAAACCCUGAAGUGGGAUAUAAACAACUCUAUGCAGAUGACGCGAACACAGGAGUUGACCCAGAGUAU